AUGAGUGUGGCGGGCGCCGUUUGGGCCGGCACGGCUCCUGUUCCUGGUCGGUUGAUAAGAACAACUAUUCAAUGUCCUCGACAUUCACAUACAUUCACACGCAAGGCCCAGACACGGUCUUUCCACGAUGCACAGCCCUCGAGUAGAACUCUUUGUCGACCCGGCGUUGCAAAGAAAACGCUCUCUCGGGAACCCUCGAUAGCCUUCACACCCUUCAGUUCAAAGACACAAACUCGACCAUUCUCUGUCACCUCUUCACAACUAGCUACAAAGGACCCUUACGCAACUCUAGGUGUAGGCAAGACCGCGACCUCCUCCGAGAUAAAAAAAGCCUACUAUGCGCUUGCCAAAAAAUAUCAUCCCGACACAAACAAAGAUCCCUCGGCAAAAGAACAUUUCACCGAUGCCCAGGCUGCCUACGAAUUAUUAAAUGAUCCUCAGAAGAAGGCUACCUAUGACCAGUACGGUUCUGCUGCUUUCGAUCAAGGCGCAGGGUUUGACCCCAGCGCAGGCGGCGGAAACCCAUUUGCGGGUGCAGGAGGCCCAUUUUCUGGCUUCGGUGGAGGAUUCGGCGCAGAGUUCAAUUUCGAGGAUCUCUUCGGUGCCUUUACGGGAGGGGCUGGUCGCGGUCGCGGUCGAAGAGGAGGAGGAUUCCAGCAAGAGGAAGUGCUAUUGGGUGAAAAUAUUGAGGUUCAGACCAAUAUAUCCUUCAUGGAUGCAGCCAAAGGUGUGACCAAAAACAUCACCAUUACACCUUUAGUCCAGUGUGGGACAUGCCAUGGCAAUGGUCUCAAGGCGGGCUCAUCAAGGCAGACGUGUAAGAGCUGUGGCGGUACUGGCAGCCGGGUUCAUGUGAUGCAGCAAGGAUUCCAGAUGGCUAGCACAUGCUCUACAUGCUCUGGAAGUGGUCAGACCGUUCCUAGGGGUUCCGAAUGCAACACUUGCAGCGGGAAUGGUGUCGUGAGGCAACGUAAGACUAUACCUGUGGAGAUCCCUGCAGGAGUGGAAGAUGCGAUGCGGAUGAGGGUUGUUGGUGAAGGUGACGCAGCUCCCACGGGUUUGUCAUCCAAUCCAAAUGCACGAUCUCAGACUGGAGAUCUGUUCGUCUUCAUCAGAGUCGCCCCAGAUGCUAGGUUCCGCCGCAAUGGGGCAGAUGUCCUUUAUACCGCCACCUUGCCAUUGACAACCGCUCUUCUUGGUGGUCAAGUUCAAAUUCCAACUCUUGAUGGAGAAGUCAAAGUCAAGGUUGCAACCGGUACAGGCACAGGUGACAAGAUAACUCUUCCCGGGAUGGGUAUGAAAAGAUUGAGUGGUGGUCGCAACUCUUCUGGAGAUCUCCGGGUCGAAUUCAAAGUCAAUAUGCCAAAGUAUUGGAGUGCUAAUCAACGUACUAUUAUCGAAAUGCUAGCCGAUGAGAUGGAUGACAAGACAGCAAAGAGAAUUAUGAAUCUCAACCAGUAUAAGGAGUAA